AUGCAAUGAGUAGUUGCUGAAGCUUUACUGUAGCAUCAGUAGACGUUGAUAAUAGAAUCUUUCUAAUUCAGUAUUUUUAUAGCCUAGCUAACGAGGUUGUACCCUCGGCAACAAUAUUUUCGUAUGUUUAAAAGAGGACUUGUGUACGGCGUUCAAAACGCUGCACUACAAACGUUAACAAUGAAGUUCGUGAGAUUUAUUAUGAAGAAUGCAGCUUUGACAAAUAUGCCUAAACAUGUCGAAUAUUAUGCAAAAUUUUCGCCUUCACCGCUCUCUAUGAAACAGUUUAUCGAUUUUGGUUCAACAAACGCAUGUGAAAAGACAUCUUUUGUUUUUUUAAGACAAGAACUUCCCGUUAGACUGUCAAACAUAAUGAAAGAGAUCAACCUGCUCCCGAACAGGCUGCUCACAACUCCUUCUGUACAAAUGGUGCAGACAUGGUACAUUCAGAGCUUGAUGGACAUCUUGGAGUUCCUUGACAAGAACCCUGAUGACCAGAGUAUCUUGGGAGAGUUUGUUGACACCUUGGUGAAAAUCAGGAACAGGCACAAUGAUGUGGUGCCCACCAUGGCACAGGGCAUCGUAGAGUACAAGGAGACCUUCUCCCAGGACUCUGUCACCAACCAGAACAUCCAGUACUUUCUGGAUCGCUUCUACAUGAGUCGCAUAUCCAUACGAAUGCUCAUCAACCAGCACACCUUAGUCUUUGAUGGAGCAACAAACCCUCUUCACCCCAACACCAUUGGAAGCAUUGACCCACACUGUGAAGUCACCAAGGUUGUGAAAGAUGCUUACCAAAGUGCCAAGAUGCUGUGUGACAAGUACUAUCUCAGCUCACCAGAGCUGAUGCUGCAGGAGCUGAACAGUAACAACAGGAAGCAGCCCAUAGAUAUAGUCUAUGUGCCCUCCCAUCUCUACCACAUGCUGUUUGAGCUCUUCAAGAAUGCAAUGAGAGCCACUAUUGAGCACCAUGAAACAAGCAACAGUCUUCCACCAAUUCAAGUAAUUGUGGCCAUUGGAGGAGAGGACAUGUCAAUCAAGGUGAGUGACAGGGGUGGUGGAGUCCCCUUCAGGAGGACUGAGACCCUGUUCAGCUACAUGUACUCCACGGCCCCCACGCCUCAAAUAGGAGAGGACACACCAACACCGUUUGCUGGUUUUGGCUAUGGCCUGCCCAUCUCGCGCCUCUAUGCCAAGUACUUCCAGGGAGACCUGCAGCUCUACUCCAUGCAGGGCCAUGGCUCGGACGCUGUCAUCCACUUGAAGGCGUUGUCAAGGGACUCUGUGGAGAGGCUCCCCGUGUACAACAAGACAGCUCUGAGGAACUACAAAGUGAGCCAGGAAGCAGAUGACUGGUGUAUGCCCAGCAAAGAGCCCCUGGAUCUGGCCAGCUACAGGGUGGCCAAGUGAGCCGAGCGCCCGGGCGUGGUGCAGACCGUGACGUCAGCAUGCCGGCUAGCCUGCCUGCCUGCCUGCUGGCCCUCAAAUCCCCCUGCCAGUGCAGACAGUUUACCUAACCCCUGCUUACAUUUAGGUAGAAGUUAGAGUUGAGAAGCGGAAAAUGCUAGAAAAGGUUGUCCAAGGCUGAACUCUCAGAGACACUUUCUAUAAAGUCAUAGUAGCAGAUGCUCAGACAGUUAGGGAGGUGAAGGCAGUCCUCAGAUGCACCAGUACUGUGUACUGCUAAAUAAUUUACGUCUCUUCACAGGCAUUAGAUCUCAUCCUACUUGAAUUGCUGACUGCCAGAAAACGCCACCUGAGCCUUAAGUAGUCUGAGAAAUAAGGCGACAGUAUAGGUCAGUGUCUAGCAGGAUACCAUUCUUUACAAGUGCCAUUUCAUUGGAUCUGUUGAUCCUAAUUUUUGUGUUGAUGCCCACAUGAGUAGUUUUGAAUAUUUCAGAAGAGUUUAUUUUGAAGUUAACCCGCUAGCUACUGAUUAACUUUAAAAGUGUGUGUUUCCUUCUAUGCUCUUAGUGAGUAGCAUUGAGCUAAUGUGUUCCUGUUUCCAUUGGUUUGUAAUAAGAUGUGUUUACGAUGCAGAAAAUGCUGUAUAUUAUUGUUCCUCUCACCAAGCUCAAACUGCAUGGCUGCAGUUUUAAACGCACCAAAUAACUUGAGAUUCUAAUUUAGAGGGUUAUUGCCUUUGGCAUAGAAAAGACAGUGUUUCCACAAAUCCCAGAAGGCAAGGCAUGUUUUGCUUGAUGUAGCUUCUCCUGUGAACCCUAGGAUGAGGCAGUGAAAGUCCUUCUGGACUGAUUUUGUCAUUUUCAGUCAUCAUUUAUUUUGUAUUAUUUUAAAAUAAUGUUUUAUGUAAUAGUUUUAUACUGUACAUAUCACCUACAUUUCUACAUCCAAAUGAUUACAGUAAAUAUGUAUUAUUGAGAAAAUAUAUAUAUUGUUGUGA